AUGAUUCUAAGUCUCCUCUUCCUCUCUGUUGCCACAAUGGAAGGAGGGAUACAUCCGGCGGACUCAUCUGCGUUCCGCGAGUGUUUUUCGUUGGCAUGGAAGAACCCUUACGUUCUUCGUCUUGCUUUCUCUGCAGGUAUUGGUGGACUUCUGUUUGGUUAUGAUACAGGAGUGAUAUCUGGUGCGCUUCUUUACAUCAGGGAUGACUUCAAGUCUGUGGAUAAGAAGACUGUUUUACAGGAGAGUAUAGUGAGCAUGGCGCUUGCAGGAGCAAUCGUUGGAGCGGCGAUGGGAGGGUGGUUAAAUGAUCGUUAUGGACGGAGAUUCGCACUGUUAGUUGCGGAUUUCCUUUUCUUUAUUGGAGCGAUCCUUAUGGCUGCUGCACCCAACCCCAGUGUUCUGAUUGUGGGCCGUAUCUUUGUUGGACUGGGAGUUGGAAUGGCUUCAAUGACUGCUCCGUUGUACAUAUCUGAGGCGUCUCCUGCGAAAGUCAGAGGUGCUUUGGUCAGCACGAACGGGUUCUUGAUCACCGGAGGCCAGUUUCUAUCUUACCUAAUCAAUUUAGCCUUCACUAAGGCACCGGGAACAUGGCGUUGGAUGCUUGGAGUUGCCGGACUCCCUGCCCUCUUGCAGUUCGUUCUCAUGCUCGCUCUCCCUGAAUCCCCCCGUUGGCUUUACCGCAAGGGUAGAGAAGAAGAGGCGAUAACGAUACUAAGAAAGAUAUAUCCGGCGAGUGAUGUUGAAGCGGAGAUCGAAGCUCUCAAGGAAUCGGUGGAAAAGGAGAUUGAGGAAACAGGGUCAUCGGAGAAGAUCAACAUGAUACAAUUACUAAAAACAAGGACAGUAAGAAGGGGUCUAAUCGCCGGAGUUGGGCUUCAGGUUUUCCAACAAUUCGUCGGAAUCAACACCGUGAUGUACUACAGUCCGACCAUCAUUCAAUUAGCCGGAAUUGCAUCAAACCAAACCGCCCUCCUCCUCUCACUGGUGACAGCUGGGCUCAACGCCUUGGGUUCGGUUGUCAGCAUUUAUUUCAUUGAUCGGAUUGGGAGAAAGAAGCUGUUGGUGAUCAGUUUGAUCGGUUGUGUGCUCUCGCUAGGGCUUCUUUCCGCCGUGUUUCAUGAGACGACAUCACAUUCGCCGCCUGUUAGUGCGGUGGAGUCCUCCCACUUCGGUAACAUUACCUGCCCGGCUUUCUCUUCCGCCGGACCUUCUGCUACCUGGAGCUGUAUGAGAUGCUUAAAGGGUUCUGAUUGUGGAUUCUGUGCUUCACAAACUGAUAAGCUACUACCAGGUGCAUGUUUAAUCGAGAACAAAAGCGUGAAGGACACGUGUCAUGGUGAAGGCCGAUUAUGGUACACUCGAGGAUGCCCGAGUCAAUACGGAUGGCUCGCACUAGUAGGUUUAGCUCUUUACAUCAUCUUCUUCUCACCGGGGAUGGGAACAGUUCCAUGGAUUGUCAAUUCCGAGAUAUACCCAUUAAGAUUCCGAGGUGUUUGUGGUGGAAUCGCUGCUACAUCAAACUGGAUUUCAAAUCUUAUAGUCGCACAAUCAUUCUUAUCGUUAACUGAAGCCAUAGGAACUUCAUGGACUUUUCUAGGGUUUGGGGUUAUAUCAGUCGUAGCAUUGCUUUUUGUCAUCAUUUUCGUGCCUGAAACUAAAGGUUUACCUAUUGAGGAUGUGGAAAAGAUGCUUGAGGAACGGGCUUUUCAGUUGAAGUUUUGGAAGAAAAGAACACCGGUUGUGAAGAAAUCGGCGCCAGUUUGAACAUAAAAUAAUGCAUAUUAAUUUAUGAUGUUUGAUGUUUACCUUAUAGUAGGUACGUACGUAGAUUAUACUGCGAUAUUUAGCAGUGUUGAAAAUUUGGUUUAGACUUUUGUAAUAAUAGAUUAUUAGAGGGAUUGUGUUUUCUUGUUUUUAGGUGUUUGAUGUGAUGAAUAGCGUUUAAGGAAGUGUCGUUUUGUGCACAGUGUAAGGGGUUUUAUGAUUGUGCCACAACACUUCUUUAUCAAGUGUUAUUAUUCAUCCACUCAAAUACCCU